AUGGGUGCUAUCGAGAAGGUCUUCACUACUGGCUUCGUGCUGAGCUGGGACGUUGUCCUCACCCUUCUCAACGCGAUACUGCCCAAGCGUAAAAUUGGGCAUGUUACGCCUGCUGGGGAGGCAGGUGCUGGCGGGAAAUGGCCAGAAUAUAUUGCCCCGAAAGACACCGACAGCAGGUGUGCAUGUCCUGCAUUGAAUGCCAUGGCCAAUCACGGUAUUCUACCGAGAGAUGGUCGCAAUAUUACAUUCAAAGAAAUGAACCGUGUCAUCCGAGCCACUUACAACUUUGCGCCGUCGUUCUGCUUCUUCGUGCCGAACUACAGCGCAAAUAUGUUGAACAAAAGUUAUCGCAAGGAUACGUUCGACUUGGAGGAUAUAAGCUUGCAUAACGGUAUUGAACAUGACGCAUCCAUGACCCGCGAGGAUGUUCGUCAUCAGCCGGACCAGGGAAAACCUCACCUUCCGUUCGUUGAGGAACUUCUCUCGAGGGCCACGGGGAAGGACGCCGAAGGCAAUGCGGUCUUGACAAUCCCAGACGUCGCACAUUACAUGGCCAAACGCAGAGUAGACGCCCCGAGAGCCAACCCCGACUUCACCACCACUAAGUUCCACGAAACCUUCGGUGCUUCAAAUUCGUCUACCCUUCUCACGAUUUACGGAGGACGAGUGGAUGAUUUGAGGCCAAUUCUGGUUGAGGAGCGUAUCCCCGAUGGAUGGGAGUCCCGAAUCAGAGCACCAUUCGGGUUGACGAUGAUCAAUUUCAACGUAGGAACGGUGAACAAAGUGGAGAAGGAAUCUCAGAAGGAACAAAAAGUUUACGCUGCGUCGCUGGAUGAUUCGUCCAUCCACAAAUCUCCAGAGGCGACAACAUGA